AUGGAGAAGAUUGCGCUGGCGAUGAAUGAGUGUCAUCAGCGAUGGGUCGAAAUCGAAUCGCUCUGUGGCUUUCCAAUAGUCACUUCGCCAACUGAUAUAACUGCUGGUCAGGCAACAAGCAUAGCUUCGUCAUCAACUUCCGAAAGUAGUCCAGCCGUUGUGACCGGAGGUGGCUGUACGUGUGCACACGAAAGUUUUAUCUCUGCAACAACAGCUCGAAAUGUAACUUCCGGCCAUCCGCAAAAGCGUAUCUAUGAGAACGCAACAAGGCCAGUGAGAUUUAUCGCGGCUGACGACGAGCAAAUGCGACGUUCCGCUUCCUCAGGUUCCCUCAAAUUGCAGAUCAAACAAGAUUUGAGGUUAUUCAAGCGAAGUGUUUCGAAUACAUUGCUUGGGCUGUCACAGUCCAAUUCUAACGAGAAUGAUGAUGGUGAUGAUGCGGAUGCACUUACUAGAAACAAACGGCAGAAGUUGCCUAAUGGUCUAAUUUUUGGCGGUAAUAAAAAGCGGAAAUUGACUGGUUUUCAAAUGCUUUCACUGCAGCUAGCGUUUGUGGAAUAUCGUGAAUGCGCUUGA